AUGGUGCAGCCGCGCGCGAAAAGGAAGACGGUGAUAGUCUUGGACUCCGAUGACGACGAGGAGAGCGCAACCCAGCCAGCACAACCAGCACUGCUGUCACGUCCAGGUCGAACAUUAAGGUCCAGCGCAUCAAGCAGGGUUUCCCGCUCUAGACCGUCCGAAAAGAAACCCCUAGCGGAGGCUUCCCAAGCUUCCUCGGCCACACCUCCAGAUGCACAGGCCGCAUCUCAAGGCGGACAGCCAGGCACCAAGUCCAGACCCCAAGGAAACAAGAUAUACUCCUUUUUCAAUGCUGCUACACAGCGGCAACGUUCACAGCCAUCGGCUAGCCCGGAGAAGACGACUGCAAGCAUACACGAGACUGAGGAGGAUUCAAUACUCGAUGAUUCGGACGAGAAGCAAUCGCGCAGGGCAAACGGUCAUGAUGGAUCUCUCUCGCUAGCAAUACGGAAACGGGUGCGGGAUGAAGCUGGAGAGAGUGCCGCUCCUGAUAAUAGGAGUUCCCAGCUGAGCAGUCAGAAGUUCCUUAAGACAUCAAAGGGCGCAAAGCGAGUUACUUCAGAUCCAAGCAGCGUCAGCCAGCCACCCAAAGACCAGAGACCCUGGACGGAGAAAUACGGUCCUGUCAAUCUUGACGAGUUGGCUGUGCACAAGAAGAAAGUCGCAGACGUGCGGGCCUGGUUGAGCAACGUCCUAGCAGGCCAGGACCGCAAAUGUCUACUGGUUCUCAAAGGCGCCGCUGGAACAGGCAAGACUGCAACUGUCGCCCUACUGGCACAAGAACUGGACGCCGAAAUCAAUGAAUGGAAGAACCCGGUGGGUUCGGAUUAUACCGCAGAGAACUUCAAUUCCACCUCAGCGCAGUUUGAAGACUUCAUAAGCAGGUCUGGUAAGUUUGGGGGCUUGAGCUUUGCAACCGAGGGUGUGGGCUCGAAGGAGCAAUAUCAAGAACCAGUGUCACAAGCAAGCAGUAGGCAGAUCACGUUGAUCGAAGAGUUUCCCAGUACAUUCACACGUUCGUCUUCAGCUCUUCAGUCUUUUCGUUCUACCAUCCAGCAGUAUGUCUCUGCGAACAGUCGUUCCCUCGACAGUAUUUACACCAGCGAUGCCCAGAGAGAGAGUGUUACGCCUAUUGUGAUGAUCAUCUCGGAAACCCUCGUUUCGGCCAACACGGCUUCCGCUGACAGUUUCACUUCUCAUCGUCUUCUCGGCCCUGACAUCCUUGCACAUUUCGGCACCACGGUCAUUGAAUUCAACGCGAUAGCGCCUACACUCAUGGUCAAAGCUUUAGAGCUAGUGGUGUUGAAGGAAGCCCGAAAGUCAGGCCGCCGGAAGACACCAGGCCCGCAGGUCAUUAAACGCUUGUCGGAGAUCGGUGACGUACGAAGUGCAGUAUCUUCUCUAGAGUUCCUUUGCCUCCGAGGAGAUGAAGGCGACGGUUGGGGCAGUAAGAUCACCUUUACAAAAUCCAAGAGGGCCAAAGAGGACGUGCCGCUCACGAAAAUGGAGCAAGAGAGCCUAGAGAUGGUCACACAACGAGAGAGUGCUCUAGGCCUUUUCCAUGCUGUCGGCAAAGUCGUGUACAAUAAGCGCGAGGCACGACCUUCUGUUGACUCGAUACCUCAGCCACCUGCCCACCUGCCACAACAUGCACGGCCAAACCCGCCAGAAGUCAAUGUCGACACUCUCAUUGAUGAGCUGGGAACCGACAUCCAGACGUUCAUCGCUGCGUUGCACGAGAACUAUAUACUCUCCUGCCAAGGCACCACCGACGAAGACACAAUCGAUUCCGUUAAUGGCUGCAUCGACGCUUUGUCUAAUGCCGAUCUUCUCUCCCCUGACCGCUUCGGCUCUGCUAAGCGCCCCUUCUUGGUUUCCGCUGGUGACACCUUGCGCCAAGACGAGAUGAGCUUUCAUACCAGCGUCCGCGGGAUUCUCUUCGAGUUACCCCAUCCCGUCAGAAGAAUAGCGCCUCCUGCCGAUCUUGCGGGUCAAAGAGGGAGAGGCGGCUCAAGAGAUGCGUAUCAGAUGUUUUACCCCACAUCUCUCAGGCUCUGGCGGCAAAAGGAAGAGAUAGAAGGAAGGGUGGACCUGUGGGUUAGUCGAGCGCAAAGCGGACAGCUGCUUGGUCCAGUCAGGCAAAGAAACCGGAAACAAGGCGCAGAAGCUGGCGGUGUGGAAACCUGGAGGCGGACUGCCACGAUCACCGAAACCACAAACAACACCGAAGCCGCCGAUGCUAGCUCGGCACCAUUGCUGCUUGGAAGCGGCAGCUCCGCGCCUCGCGAGAUGCUUCUAGAGCGGCUGCCGUACAUGGCUUUCAUAUAUCGGAGCAGACCUUCGAUCCACAGCCCGGAUGUUAUCAGGGAACUCGAGAAGGUGACGCUCUUCACUGGGAUCGGCCUCGCGAGCGAAGAACCAUCAGAAGAAGAAGAGACGAACGAAGCUGUCGAGGGGUUGGCCACGGACUCUUCGGCUGGUCGGGUGGCUGUAAGGAAACCUACCAUCAGAGCAGUCAAAAGGGAAACGAGUCCUCUCGGGGUGAGUGGCGUUACUGGCGUAGAAGAAACGGGUCUGGCAGGACUGGUGCUGAGUGAUGAUGAUAUUGAAGAUGACUGA